UUUUUUUUAAAUCAAGCGCAGCUCAGGGCGGAUCAUGUGAUUCUCCGAUAUAAACAAUAUGGCGGCGCCCUGUGCUGUGAAACGUGCCACAAGAGCAGGAUGCGUGGCACUGGCUCAGAGAAGCCCCUGGUCCAGUGUGCGAGGUGAAUGGCUUGCCCGUUGGCCCCCGUGUCGCCCCUUCUUUUGGAGGAAGAAGUCGAGCUCCCACAGCGUGGUUCAGCCAGCAAAGGUGAAACCCCCCUACCCUGUCCCCAAGCACAUCGUGAGGCCAGACUACGUGACGACAGGCUCUGUACCCGACUGGGGAGACUACAUGGAAAUUAAAGAUGACGAUCAGAUCGAGGGGCUGCGGAGGGCCUGUCAGCUGGCGCGACACGUCCUGCUCCUGGCCGGGGGCAGCUUACGGGUCGGCAUGACAACUGAUGAAAUCGACUUCAUUGUUCAUACAGAAGCGAUCAGAAACAAUGCCUAUCCAUCUCCCUUGCAUUAUAGAGGAUUUCCAAAAUCAGUCUGCACCUCUGUGAACAAUGUGGUAUGUCACGGUAUACCUGACAGCCGGCCCCUUCAAGAUGGAGAUAUCAUCAACAUCGACGUUACAGUGUACCUGGAUGGUUACCAUGGAGACACCUCGGAGACCUUCCUGGUGGGUGCGGUGGACAAGGGGGGGAGGCAGCUGGUCGAGGCAGCCCGUUGGUGCCGGGAUGAGGCCAUCGCCACCUGCAGGCCGGGCGCCCCUCUCUGCGUUAUAGGCAACACCAUCAGCCGGAUAGCAGAAUCCCAUGGAUUCCUGGUUUGUCCGCACUUCAUCGGUCACGGAAUCGGCUCCUACUUCCAUGGUCACCCAGAAAUAUGGCACCAUGCUAAUGACAACAAGAUGAUUAUGGAGGAGGGGAUGGCUUUCACAAUAGAGCCCAUCCUGAUGGAAGGACUUCCUGAGUUUAAAAUCCUAAAGGAUAAAUGGACUGCAAUUUCUGUCGACGACAAAAGGUCGGCCCAGUUCGAGCACACGGUUGUGAUCACGGCGGACGGCGUGGAAGUUCUGACGAUGCUGCCGCAUGAGCGCUGAGUGAAAGCGGGCCGGAGGGGCAUCGGUGAACUUGGUGGGGGGUGUUUACAUAAAAAAAAUUGCCGUUGUAUAAAUAAAAAAAAACUAGCGUUGAUUUAACACCA